CAGCGCGCAAGUCCAAGUUACUUUGCGCUGCGCCACAAAGAACCCCCGACCACUAUUUCCUCCGUUUCUGCUGCGUUAUUCCCGCCUUUUUGCAUUAAGGAUCCGUAUUUUUUUACCUGUUGAUGUGGUCCUACCGGGUGCGGGACGGUAGAAAAGUCUGAAAGAGGCACCACUCCGGGCGGGCAGGAGCGGUGAAGGGACUCGGGACGUUUUCGCUUCCAAUCCCCCGGCAUUAACAGCGCGGUGCUGGGUUGCAGUUGGAAAAAUGACCACUUCUCGGACCGCUUCGUUUUAUGGACUAACCCUGUGCUUGCUCCUCUCAUGCCACCUGGUUACGGUGUCCCGGGCUUCCAAGGUGUGGGGGGAGGUCCCGGUGCCGGAGGAUUUGGAGGCGGAGAAAAGGGUGCAGGCGUCGCACGGUUUACUGGACGAUGAUGAGGACUUCGCAGCCGAUGAAGCUUCGGGAGAUCUGCCCAGUGGAGAGGAUGACGGCAGCACCCCCUGGCCCCCGGCUGUCUCAAUUUAUUACCGGGCUCUCGUUAACUUCACGGACUCUCUGGUGUGGACCCCAGACUUUGAAGACAUCUUCUCUGACGCCUUCAAGGAGGUUUCUGAGGCAGUGGUCGAUACGCUCGAGUCGGACUACAACAGGAUCCCAGGUAUCCAGACGGUCAGCGUGGUCCUCAUCAAGAAAAUGGUCCGAGACAACGGCGUGGACAUAUUUGUGGAGCUGGACGUAGGAUCCGACUACAAUAAUAACGAUGAGCAGAUCCGCAGCGUUCUGUACAACGUGGUGAAAGAGGGCGCCAUCGCGUCCUACGUCACCUCCGUACAGGGCUUUCAGUUCAGACGCCUCGGGGAAGUGAUCCCCAGUAUCAGACCGUGCAUGCCAGACGAGCACCGGUGUAGUGAUGGAACCUGCAUCCUCAUGGAAUAUCUGUGCGACAACAGACCAGACUGCAGAGACAUGAGUGACGAGCUCAACUGCGAAACCGAGCCUCCCGUGAUCCCCGUGACUCCUGGUCCUAUCACGACGACCACCCCCGCCCGCAAGACCACGUACCCACGGCCGUGCAGAGCGGACCAGGCCACGUGCCAGAGCGGAGAGUGCAUCCCCCGGGACUACAUCUGCGACGGCCAGAGGGACUGCUCCGACGGCUCCGACGAGUUCAGAUGCGGGACUCCCUCUCCGUGUGAGCCCAAUGAGUUCAAAUGUAAAAAUGGCCGCUGUGCUCUCAAACUGUGGCGUUGUGAUGGAGACAACGACUGUGAGGACAACUCUGAUGAACUCGACUGUCCCACGAAGGGUCCCGGUGACAGGUGCGCUCCGGAGCAGUUUGAAUGCCUGAGUGACCGCACCUGUAUCCCUGCCAGUUACCAGUGCGACGAGGAGCCCGACUGCCCCGACCGAUCUGACGAGUACGGCUGCACCGCUCCCUCGGUGAUCAGCCCCCCGGAGGAGUCAGUGCAGGCGGCGCGAGGCUCCACGGUCACCUUCACCUGUCAGGCCACUGGAGUCCCCACCCCCAUCAUCACCUGGAGACUCAACUGGGGACACAUCCCGGCCAGCUCCAGGAUCACCAUGACGAGUGAAGAUGGGCGUGGCACUUUGAUCAUUCGAGAUGUGAAAGAGACGGAUCAGGGAGCGUACACCUGCGAGGCCAUCAACGCUAAAGGACUGGUGUUUGGUAUCCCCGAUGGAGUACUCACUCUGACCACUUCUACAAACCCAGGAAAUUGCCCCGAUGGUCAGUUCAGCAUGGAUGGUCGCUGCGUACCCUGCUUCUGUGCCGGAGUUACAAAGAACUGCAAAGCCACCGGACGCUACAGAGACCAAAUCAGCCUACGCUUCACCGAGGAGGAAGACUACAAAGGUGUGAAUGUUUCUUUCCCGUCUCGACCCGGGACCCCUCCUCUGUCCUCCACUCAGCUCAUGAUAAACCCAGAGGAGAGAGAGUUUCAGCUGGUCGAUCUCUCAAGACGCUUCCUCAAUUUGGACUCUUUUUGGACUCUACCUCGACAGUUUCUUGGCAACAAGAUCGACUCAUACGGAGGCUCGCUGAAGUACAAAGUGCGUUACACUCUGGCCCGCGGUCUGUCGGAGCCUGUGGAGAAGCCCGAUGUGAUAAUAGUGGGAAACGGACGCAGGCUCGUGUACCGCAGAGGCAGCCCCACUCCCGCCAGAGUCCCCAACUCCAAAGACAUCAAGUUCACCGAGCAAAACUGGCAGCACUCGAAUGGUCGCCCCGUGACUCGAGAGGAGCUGAUGAUGACUCUGGUCAGUCUGGAAAGCAUCAACAUCCGGACCAUCUACGACAACCACAUGGUCAGCGUUGCCCUUAGCGACAUCCUCAUGGACACCACCAACGUAGAGUUCAGGACUUCAGGCCACGCCAAAGAGGUGGAGGAAUGCAGAUGCCCUCCCGGAUACACCGGUCUGUCCUGUGAGAUGUGCUCUGCUGGUUUUGAACGUGUUCCUGGAGGGCUGUACCUGGGCACAUGUGCAGGCUGCAACUGCAACGGACACGCCAGCGCCUGCGACCCCAUCAACGGCCACUGUCUGAGCUGCCAGCACAACACAGAGGGCCCUCAGUGCGAUAAGUGUCGCCCGGGUUACUUCGGUGACCCCACCCGCGGUCGCCCUGACGACUGCAAGCCUUGCCCCUGCCCGUACUACGAGACCUCCAGACGGUUUUCGGACACAUGCUUUUUGGAUGUUGACCAACAAGCAACAUGUGACGCCUGUAGGCCUGGGUACACUGGAAGACGCUGUGAAAAGUGUGCACCUGGUUACCAGGGUAACCCCCUACAACCCAAUGGAAAAUGUGUUGCUGUCGCCAGCUCCACCAAAUGUGAUAACAGUGGAUCCAUCAGCUCCAGCAGUUGGCCCUGUAACUGCAAGAACAACGUGGCAGGGGCUCAGUGCGAUGAAUGUAAGCCUGGCUUCUUCCACCUCUCCGAGGCCAAUCCUGAGGGCUGUCUGCAGUGUUUCUGUAUGGGUGUCACCAAGCAGUGCGCCAGCUCCACUUGGAACAGAGAUCAAGUGCGUGGAGGAGUAAAUGGGCAACUCUUCACUUUAGCCAAUAGUGCCAACACUAAAACUAUUUCUCAAGGCAUCAGUCAAAGAGGCGCCUCAGAAAUCGUCUACCGCUCCUUUGUGGACAGUGAUGUUUACUUCUGGGUGCUGCCGCAGAGCUUCAGGGGAGAUAAGGUGACGGCGUACGGAGGAGAGUUGCGUUACACGGUUCGGUUUGAGCCCAGGCUGCGCUCCCUGACCAUCGACGGUCAGCCAGACGUGGUUCUCCAGGGAAAUGGCAUCUUUUUGGAGCAUUUCUCUAAAACCAAACCAACCGCACGUGUUCCACAAACCAUGACUGUGACCUUCAGAGAGUCUGUGUGGAGAAGAGCGGACGGACAGCCCUGCACCCGCGAGCACCUUCUGAUGGCUCUCGCUGACAUCACCGUCUUCAUGAUCCGAGCCACUUACGUCGACAACAUGGCCGAGAGCAGUAUUUCUGAUAUCAAGAUGGAUAUUGCGGUCCCACACUCCACCGGUAAUGAGCGAGCGCUGGAGGUGGAGGAGUGUGCUUGUCCGCAGGGAUACAGAGGACCGUCCUGUCAGGACUGCGCUGAGGGCUACACCCGGACCAGCUCGGGACUCUACCUGGGCACAUGCGAGAGGUGUGACUGCCACGGACACGCGAGCGGCUGCGAUCCAGAGACCGGGGCAUGUUUGCAAUGUCUUCAUAACACCGAGGGACCAAGGUGCGACCGCUGUCAAGCCGGUUACUAUGGCAACCCGGCGAGAGGCGGAGCCCAGGCCUGCCAACCCUGCCCCUGUCCAGGAACUGCAUCCAGCAAUCAAUUCUCGUCCACCUGCUACUUGGACUCAGAUGGCCAGCCCACCUGUGACAGCUGUCCUCCUGGUUACUCUGGGCGCCGCUGCGAGAGAUGUGCCCCAGGAUACUAUGGAAACCCACAGCUAGGACAGAGGUGCACUCGGGACAAUACGCUCAAUGGUAACUGCUACAACUGUGACCAAGGUGGAAGUGACGGCUGCGUUGGUAAUGUGUGCCGCUGCAAGAUGAACGUUGAAGGCCCAUCCUGCUCCAGCUGUAAACAGGGAACCUUCCACCUCAGCCCCCAGAACAAAGACGGCUGCCUGUCCUGUUUCUGCAUGGGCAUCACUCAGCAGUGCUACAGCUCCACCUACUACAGGGAUGUGGUCACCUCACGUUUCACUCAAGGAAACUUCCAGGAUUACGCUCUGGUGAAUCGUCAGCGCACCACUCGUAUCUCCACCGGCUUCACUGUGGAGAUCUCCACAGCCGGGACUCAGCUCUCAUACAGUAACUUCGACUAUGUGGGACAGGAGCCUCACUACUGGCAGCUGCCUGGAGCCUUCCAAGGAGACAAGGUGGGUUCAUACGGCGGUAAACUCAAAUACACCAUCUCCUACGUGGCCGGGCCCAGAGGAACGCUAUUGGACGACGCCGACGUGCAGAUCAUUGGUAAUGACAUCACGUUGGUUGCGCGGAGGCCCUGGAACAGGAGGCAGCCUGGGAGCAGAGAGACUCAACAGUUCGAGAUCGUCUUCAGGGAGGAAAACUGGAGUCGUCCUGAUGGGAUGCCUGCCACCAGAGAGCACCUCAUGAUGGUCCUGGCCGAUCUGGACGAUGUUUUGAUCCGCGCCUCAUACUCCACAGAGAUGCGCUCCUCCAGUAUCUCCGACGUCAGCAUGGAGGUGGCUGUGCCCAACUACAGCGGACUGGCACAGGCUCUGGAGGUGGAGCAGUGCCGCUGUCCCCCCGGAUACCAGGGCCUGUCCUGUCAGGACUGUGCUCCUGGAUACACCCGCACUGGAGGAGGCCUGUACCUGGGACACUGUGAACUGUGCGAAUGCAACGGACACUCGGACUCCUGCCACCCCGAGACCGGCAUCUGUUCCAGCUGCCUCCACAACACUCAGGGCGAGCUGUGUGAGCAGUGUGCCCCCGGCUUCUUUGGGGACGCCACAGUGGGGACCCCUGAGGACUGCCAGCCCUGCGCCUGCCCACACACGGACCCCGAAAACCAAUUCUCCCCUACCUGCGAGAGCCUUGGUAAUGGAGGCUAUCAGUGCACGGCGUGUCAGCCCGGAUACACUGGCCAGUACUGCGAGCGCUGUGCUCCUGGAUAUGUUGGCAACCCGCAGGCCAGAGAGAAGUGCAGACCCUAUGACGCUGCUGCCUCUCUGGUGGUGAAGGUGUAUCCUGAGCGCGUGCAGGCGACUUCAGGGGGCACUGUGACCCUCAGGUGUCAGGUGUCCGGCCCGUCCCCGCACUACUUCUACUGGUCCAGAGAAGACGGACGACCCAUCUCCUACACCGCGGAGAGACGCAGACAAGGAGCAGAGCUGUACUUCCCCAGUGUGAGCCCGAGCGACGCAGGCGUUUACAUUUGUACCUGCAGAGACCAGAGGAGCACCAACCGAAGCCACGCUGAAAUCAUCGUCACUAGCGCUCCAUCCAAGCCCAUUGAAGUGACAGUGGAAGAGCCCAAGUCCCAGACAGUGAGGGUUGGCGUGACCAUCAGCUUCAUAUGUACCGCAAAGAGCAAGUCCCCCGCCUACACUCUGGUCUGGACUCGCCAAGGCAACGGCAAACUCCCGAACCGCGCCAUGGACUUCAACGGCAUCCUGACCAUCCACAACGUCCAGCCGGAGGACGCCGGGGUGUACGUGUGCACCGGCUCCAACAUGUUUGCCAUGGACGAGGGCAGGGCCAUCCUCUACGUGCCAGAGGCCUCACAGACUCAGAUGUUUUACACAGCCUAUGAAAUGUUUGAAGGACACAGAAAGCCAGCAGAAGGGGUCCAGCCCGUGGCCUCUGUCAGCCCGUCGGUGCUGAACGUGCAGCAGGGACACAGAGCUGAGUUCCGCUGCACUGGGACAGGCAGCCCCACUCCAGCCAUCGAGUGGAUAGUUGCCCCGGGUCACAGGAUGAGUCCCCGGGCGCAGAUCCAGGGCGGGCUGCUGUCCUUCUCUUCUGUGGACGUGUCCGACGAGGGAGAGUACAUUUGCAAGGCCCUCAACACUCAUGGGGAGCACAUCGCCAGAGCCUCCCUCUAUGUACAAAAGUCCAGCCCCAGUGGUUUGGGGACCCAGCCUCAGGUACAGGUGAGUCCGCAGUCUGCUGAUGUCCACGAAGGAGACACUCUGAGGCUGUACUGCAGAGCUACGGGAUCACCCACGCCCGUACUCACCUGGCUGAGGAACGGAGGACCAGUGCCCCCCCAGGCCAUUCCCUCUCACGGUUUUCACCAGUUUAAAAGCAACAGUCUCGAUGUGUUACAGAGACGUAUUGGAGAACUGCAGGCUCGUAUGGAUCGCACAGACAUAGGGACUCUGCUCAUCCCCAACAUGAGGCUGUCUGACUCGGGGGUCUACACAUGUGUGGGCAGCAACAGCGUCGGCUCCAACAGCGCCCCCAUCAGAGUCACUGUGCUCAGAGCAGACCAUGUGUCUUCAGGCGUCACGAUCCAGCCUUCCAUCGCUGAUGUUCAGGAGGGACAGAGUCUGGAGCUCAACUGUUUUGCUCCUGGAAACCCUCCUCCUCAGGUCACGUGGACCAGAGCCAGCGGUCGCCUCUCUUCCAAUCACCAGAUUUUAGGUAAUCAGCUGCGUAUCCUGUCUGCCUCCCCUGAAGACUCUGGGGAGUAUAUCUGUCAAGUUCAGGGUCCUUACGGAAGCCCGGGAGGUCAAAUCCGCCAGUCCUCCGUCUCUGUGUCUGUGACUUCAUCCAGCUCACGUCUGCAGAGCCCAAUCAUCGGCACUGAGCCUCACUCGGCCGCAGUGCACGUGGGAGAGACAGUGAGCUUCAGGUGUAAAGUGUACAGUGGAGCUGAGCCUGUGCGCAUGGAGUGGAAGGGCUCCAAUAACCAGCCUCUGCCAGAAAACAUCAAAGUGAGUCCUGAUGGUUCAGUUCUUACCAUUGUGAACGCUCGUCCAAGUAACCAUGGAGCCUAUCGCUGUGUGGCCAGUAACCCGUUCGGCAUCACCCAAACCAUAGUGUCUCUGAUCGUCAGAGGUGCCACAGACUCACCGGUUGUCACGGUGAGCCCGGCCAGUCCUGUGCGUGUUCAGGCCGGGGAGCCCAUAAACCUGGAGUGCCAGGGCUCAGGGGAGUCCCCCGUCUCUGUGUCCUGGCACAGACUCGACAACAACAGGAAAGUCAUGAUGAUUAGCCGCUUCCCCAUGGACUCCAACGCUGUCAUGCAGGUGCUGUUUGCUCGUCCUGAAGACAGUGGGACAUAUGUGUGUGUGGCUCGUAACAGUAAAGGCACUACAGAGACUAAAGUGGAGGUGUUUGUGGAGGGGGGGUCCCAGCUCCCCUCUGUCCCUCGCGCCUCUGUGUCUGAGCCCCUCUUGAUUGCGGUGGAGGGGCAGACAGCCAUUCUGCGCUGUGACGCUCACGGUUUCCCGGCUCCAACCAUCUCGUGGUCGAAGCUGCGCGCUCCGUUGCCAUGGAGACAUAAAAUCGAAGAUAACGCUCUGAUCCUUCCCGCUGUGGGACGUCAGGACUCAGGAGAAUACAUCUGCACUGCCUCCAACAACAUGGGCACCUCCGAGGCCACCAUCACACUGGAAGUGGAGACUCCUCCGUACACCACCUCCACCCUGGACGACGUGGCUGUGCGUGUGGGUGAGGUGAUCCGGCUGCAGUGUCUGGCUCAUGGGACCCCUCCUCUCUCCUACACCUGGACCAAAGUGGGCGGAGACCUGCCCUCCAGAGCUGAGGGCGAAGGAGGAGAUCUGCAAAUCAACCUGGCAACCACUGAAGACGCCGGCAGCUACAAGUGUGUGGUCAGCAACAGAGUGGGCAGCAGUGAAGUGGUGCUCAACGUCAACGUUAGAUCCCCCCUCUCGGUGAAGGUGUACCCACAGGUGGAGGUGAAAGCUCAGGGCAGCGCAGUGGAGUUCACUUGUUCGGCUGCAGGGGGCACUGAGACACAGAUUGAGUGGCUGAAGGAGGGAGGAGUCCUACCACCAAACCACCACGUGAAAGAGGGAGUGCUCAGAAUUGAGAACCUUGAGCAGAGCAAUGAAGGAGUUUACAUCUGCAGAGCCACAAGCGCCUAUGGUCAGGCCCAGGACACCGCCAGACUGAGCAUCCAGGCCCUUCCCAAAGUCAUGAUAAACGUGCGCACUUCGGUUCAGACUGUGAUGAUCGGGAACUCGGUGGAGUUUGAGUGCCAGGCCAUAGGAGACCCCCAGCCCACCGUCAGAUGGAGCAAAGUGGGAGGAGCCCUGCCCCCCCACAUCGUCGUAAAGGGGGGCAUGCUGAAGAUCGAGCAGGUGACCGAGGCAGACGCCGGACAGUACAGAUGCACCGCCACCAAUGAUGUGGGCUCAGUGCAGUCUCAGGUGGUCCUCAAUGUACAGUCUUUGCCUCAAAUCGCAACUCUCCCUGAAACCAAAGAGGUGACAGUCGGCUCUGACGCUGUUUUACCCUGCGUCGCUUCUGGAUAUCCACUGCCUGAGAUCAAAUGGUCCAAGCUGGACGGAGAACUUGCCCCGAAGUGUUCCCAGGAGGCCCAUGUUCUGACAGUUCCUCGAGUUUCUCACGAAGACUCAGGCACCUACGUCUGCACCGCCUCCAACAAACAGGGCAAGGUGGAGGCCUUCACCACACUCAAAGUCCAUGAGAGAGUGAUGCCGUACUUUGCCCAGGAGCCUGUGUCGUACCUCACGCUGCCGACCAUCAAAAAUGCUUAUAAGUCUUUUAGCAUUAAGAUCAACUUCAGACCCGACAAUGUGGAUGGUAUGAUUAUGUACAAUGGACAGAAGAGGACCACCGGAGCAGACUUUGUCUCCCUUGGCCUUGUGGGAGGUCGACUGGAAUUCAGGUUUGAUGUUGGCUCUGGCAUGGCCACUAUCCGUGACCCCAACCCCAUAAAACUGGGCGAGUUUCACACAGUGGAGUUUUCUCGUAACCUGACUCAAGGCUACAUCAGUGUGGAUGGAGGAGAGCCCAUCAACGGCACCUCACAGGGUAAGUUCCAGGGCCUGGAUCUGAAUGAAGAGCUGUAUUUGGGUGGUUACCCCAACUACACCCUGCUCUCAAAGACUGCCGGUAUCAAGACUGGCUUUGUUGGCUGUAUCCGUCAGCUGAUCAUCCAGGGAGAGGAGGUCAUCUUUAAAGAUUUGGACCGCAGCUCCACUGGGGUCUCCAACUGCCCCACCUGCAAAGAUCACCCAUGUCAGAAUGGAGGCAGAUGUGAGGACUCAGAGGCCAGUCUUUACAAGUGCAGCUGUGCCCGAGGCUUCACCGGCAGCAACUGUCAGCACCAUUCCUCCCUGCACUGCCACACAGAGGCCUGUGGUCCAGACGCGACCUGUAUCAACCGUCCAACUGGACUGGGUUAUGACUGUCGCUGUCAUUUGGGCAAGUUUGGAGACAAAUGCAUGGACGGAGAGCUGGUGACCACUCCUCUGUUUGAUGGGAAGACUUCGUUCAUCUCGUAUCCUCCUCUCACAAAUAUCCAUGACGACCUGCGGGUGGAGCUAGAGUUCAAACCUCAGGGCGCUCACGGCCUCAUGUUCUUCUCUGGAGGAAAGAAGAUGAAGGUGGAGGACUUUGUCUCUAUCGCUAUGGUCAACGGACACGUGGAGUUCAGAUAUGAGCUGGGCACAGGUCAGGCGGUCCUGCUGAGCUCGGAGCCUGUCUCCCUGGGUCAGUGGCACAGGGUGGUGGCGGAGCGUGUGAGGAAGGCGGGGUACCUCCAGGUGGACCAGGGCCCAGUGGAGAGGCUCUCGUCUCCGGGUAAAGCCCAGGGUCUGAACAUCCACACUCCCAUGUUCCUCGGAGGAGUCCCCAACCAAGAGAUCCUGCCCAAACCCGCCAACAUCAGCCACAUGUUUGAGGGCUGCAUUGGAGAGGUGCUUAUCAACAAUAAGACCAUAGACUUGUCGUACAGCUUCACUGAGAGCCAUGCCAUCAGUAAAUGUGUGGACAACAGCCCCUGUGACCGGCGGCCAUGUUUGAACGGAGGAGACUGCAUGUCCAACGCUGAGUACGAGUACCAGUGCCUCUGCAAAGACGGAUUUGAGGGUGAGCGCUGUGAGGUGGUGAAGGACGUGUGUCAGAGGGACGCUCAGUGUCUGAACGGAGGCAGCUGUGUGGAGGGGCAGUGUGUGUGUGCCCCGGGACACUCCGGCCCAACCUGUGAUCAGAGCUCCCCCGAGGCCCUCUGGAGUUUGGAAGGUAGCGGCUCCAAUGAUUCACCCUAUCAGUACGCCGCUCACUUCGACAACAACGGAUACAUCGCUCUUCCAAAAGCAGUCUUCCCAAGAAGUGCACCAGACUCUCCAGAGACUAUUGAACUUGAGAUCAACACCAGUUCAUCUGAAGGUCUAAUUCUCUGGCAAGGCGUGGAACAUGGGGAGCACGGCAAAGGCAAAGACUACAUCAGCCUGGGACUACACAACGGACACCUUCUCUUCAGCUACCAGCUGGGCAGUGGGGAGGCACAGCUCAGGUCUCGGAGGCCCAUCAAUGACGGACAGUGGCACAAAGUCACAGCAGUCAGGACUGGGAAGGACGGGUACAUCCAGAUCGAUGGAGAGCCAGGGCUUCAUGGACAGUCCAAAGGCAAAAGUCUGAUGGUCAACACUAAAGGCAGCAUAUACUUAGGUGGCGCUCCAGACAUGUCCAAACUCACCGGCGGUAAGUUCUCCACAGGAAUCAGCGGCUGCGUGAGGAACCUCUCCAUGCUUAACGCUAAACCUGGACAAAACCCCGCCCAGUCCAUCGACCUCCAAACCCACGCAGCACAUGGAGUCAACGUACGACCCUGCUCCUUAUCAUAGACCUGGAGGAAGUACUACUACUACUACUACUACUACUACAACACACUACUACUUGGUGCUUUGCUGCUGCCAAAAAAUCAAAAUAACAGGAUACUUCUUUCCGUGUGCAGCGAGAAACCAAAAGAGAAGAGAGAUUUUUGAGAUUUUAAACUACUCUUGUAUUCACAAUGAAGGACAUUUAACACAGGAGAUGAGUUUACAUACUUCCAGCAGUUUUAGUUUUUAGAGUCAAAACUAAUAGGGCUUCUGCAUUUGGGUCAGAUCCUAUGGAGAGACAAGUUUUUUACAGCACUGAAUUUUUAUUUAUACAUAUGAUUAUAUAAAUAGAUAUUAUAUUUGUGGGGAAAACAUGCAAACUAACCAUAAUGUCUUCAGCUUUUUCCUAUAGAGUUGAUUCUGGGUUGUAAUACUGUACUUUGUUUUCAGGCUUGUUGAUAAACUGCAAACUAGAAUGAUUGUCGACUACAAGAGUUAAAAUCACAUGAAUUCAAAUUAAAUAUCCUUGGGUAGUGAGAUUAUGUGGAGAUACAUUCAACUUUAAAUUAGUGAGUAAAUUUUUGCUCGACUGGUUAAAAUUGUGGUCUGAAAUUUUGCUCUUAGCUACUAAAUCAGUUGCGUUUUGAUCUGUAACUUUUUUGCUCUGCUAAAUUAAAAACAAAAAAACAUUUGGAUAAGUCAUAAAUACUGAUUAAAGUAAGCGAAUCAACACGAAAGCUACCCAAAUCAAGAUACUUAUUGCGAAUUCAAGUCAUUUUAACUCAUAGGUCUUUUGUUUUCACAGUCAUGGCCUUAUUAUUUUGUCAUUUUACACUUUUAGGCCUUUCUGUGUUCACUUUCUGACGCGAGCAUGCUUAAAAGUCACUGUUUCGAGAGGAGCACAACCAGUGGUCACAGUUUCAGUGCACAGUUCGCAUUUAUUUUUGUUUUAUUUUGUGUUUUCUUGUGUAUUUUUUUUUUCUUUAUUUUGCAAUUAUGGUGCUAACGUAAGAGAUGGAUAUCUGAUCAGUGGAGUAAUGUUGGAAUACCAUGUUUAUUAUUGAUUAUUGAUUGAGUAGAUCUCAAGUUGGAUUUGAUGGUGUCCUAAAAGUAAGGAGAAUUGUUCAGUAAUACCAUAGAAAUUGUGGUUUGUGUGAUAUCAUAAGGGGACAUUUGCGGUUAAUGGAUGCAUCACGAAUUUCGGACUUCCGGUCAUUGCACAAUUCAU